GGACAGCUCCGGCUUUUCAACUCGCACCCCAAUGCGUUCUGGUAAGUGUAGUCCUGUUGUGAAAUGCACCUGGGGCAGGUAAAGCGAUGUGUGGUAUGGUUACCCAAUCCCUGACCAAUAUCUGUUUAAACAUGUGGUUCUAUAGCAGACUGCACUUGGUGGUAUUCGACAGGGGGCGCUAAUCAGCAAACACCGCAGCUUGACUCUUCACGUGUAACAACAAUAACAGAAGUGACGGCGUUAUCUGCGCUCAUCGCUCUAUGAAAAGCACGGCAUGUGGUCGCUGUUUGCAGCAGUUCUGAUCAGUUUACUUCAGUUGGUGUGGUUGUGAGCAGCUCCUGAGAAAAGUCUCUGCUUUAAUUUAAGUGCGAUACUCGCUGGUGUCAAAUAUCAAUUAUGUGCCGAAAGCGGGCCUCCACGAGUUAUUCGAGCCAGUCUGCCAGCACGAAAAGACCGAUUUAAAGAAACCUUUUCGCAGACCAGCCUGCAGAAAUGAAAGACCUCAGCAUCUCCGUCUCCUUCUUUAAAAACGAACUUGGCUCGACCAUCGAGCACGCAGUGCAAGCGGCCGUAGACACCGUACUGCGCCAAAUGAAGGAGCUCGUUGACCGCAAGUUUGCCGAUUUCCAACUCGAGAUCGCUGAAAAGGAGAAAGAAAACGAAACGCUCAAGCUGAGACUGGAAAUAUCAGAAAGCGAGUUGCAAGCUGUGCGGGGAUACCUGAAAACUGCAGGCAAACAGCUGCGCACAAAUACCAACUGCAACAAACCGGCGUGUCCAGGCAGAGCCAGCGGGGUACCCUGUCUGUCAGAGAGUGGAGCCAGUACGGCAAAGUGUGCGUUAUUCAAUGGCAAACCGGCAGACCAUGUAUGCCAGAACGAUUGCAGUGCUGCUCUGCCAAUUGCAAAACCAGACUGCUGCGCCAGGAAAGCAGUUAAGUCAACCGUGGACUCAGAGUAUGUAAUUUACACAGAACCCAAAGAAAUCCGGCAAGGCAACGCAGCCCAGGACCUACAGGUUAGAGUUCUGGAUUGUGAGGCGACUGACUGGUGGACACCAGCAAGGGGAAGCACAGAAAAAGGUGCAGAACAGCUGAACGCUGUCCCUGGUUCGGAGGAAGAAGCGUCAAUGACACUGGUAGAAAUGGGAGAGAAAGCCUUUACCCAGGUUGCAGUGCGGACGUAUUCACAAGCUGAGGAGAUGGCCCUUGAACAGAGCCCAAGUGAAGGGGGUGUUCUCCAGUUACAAUCUGCCCAAAUCGAAGAGGAGGCCCCUGAACUGGUACCGGUCCACUUUGCAAAAGAGGAUCCAGAACUGAAGCCAGUCUACCUGGCAGCGGAUGGGACUGAACUGGGCUCAGUCCAGAUUAAAGUCGAGGACGCUGGGCUGGAUUGUCUCUACACUGCGGAGGAUGGGACUGUCCACGUUAAAGAGGAAGAGCUGGAUUCUGACAGUGGAGCCGAGGAUAUCACUGAACUGGGACAGGUGCUCAUUAAAGAGGAUAUCUCUGAUCUACCGUCUGACGCUGAAGAGGAGCUGAGUGAGCUGGGAUCCAUUCCUCACACCCCUCGGCUGCCGUCUCCGUGCUCGUCCGGUCCUGAAUCGGAAGAGGACGUCCCUCGGAGUCAGAGGGAAGAAAGAGCAGUGCACUCCAACAGCAGCACAACACAUUUAGAAGAACACAACUACUGUCUGCUCCCCCAGAUCUCCCAAGACCUUUCUUUGCAACACACAACAGGACCAGAAAACCUACAGCCAUCCCAGCAGACUGUGAAGAGACUGUAUCCUUGUACGAUAUGCGGGGAGGUUUUCACUGGGAGAGGCGUGCUUCGAAGACACCGGCGCCAGCAUACUGCCAAGACGCCACUGUAUCACUGUACCAAGUGUGUGAAGAGCUUCACUCGUUCAGACCACCUGAAGACACACCAGCGGGUUCACACAACCGAGACCCCCUUUCAGUGUACUGAGUGUGGCAAGAGCUUUAAGUAUUCUACCAGCCUUAAAACGCAUCAGCGAGGUCACGCCAGAACAAGCCAGCACAGCUGCACCGACUGUGGGAAAAUCCACACGAGAAUCCCCACAGGGCACAUUGAGUACCCCUGCACUGGAUGUGGGAAGAGUUUUGGCAGGUUUGACAACCUCAAAGAGCACCUCAAGGUUCACAUGCAGCUCCCCAAGGAGCCCAGUAUGACGAGGAAACAAACUCGCAGUGGAGAGACUCAGUAUCUGUGUAUUGAAUGUGGGAAGAAGUUUGGCUUGUUGGAAAACCUGAUACAGCACCAGCGGAUUCACACUGGUGGCAGAAGAGACAUCCAUUGGUCUUGUAGUUCACUAAUUCUGCUGUAAAACUGAGAACUGUGGGGGAAAUGCACUUAGAUAAGCAGCAUACACUAAACUGUUGAAUCCACAGUGAAGGCAAAGUGCAAUAAAGCAUUGUAAAGAUAUGGUAAAGAAAAUGCAUAUCGAUAUAUAACAUGGCAAACUAUGGUAAAUGCAUAGCAUAAUCAUGGGAAAACUGCAAAAUUUACAGUGCAAAU